GCCUCGGUUGUUGGUCCAAGGCUUCAACUUUCUCGGGGGAGCGGUUUCCGUGGUUUUCCUUCAAUACAAUUCCGUCACAAGGCUCAAGCGGCUUGGCCAAGCCUCGACCGCAGGGAUCGGAUAGGGCACGGGACGCGACAUCGGAGCGAAGCUGUGCAGGCGCGAUGGCGGGGCAAAUGCAAGUGCCGGAUCACACUCCGAAGGUCAAUGCUUUUCGUAGCUAUUGCAUGCAAGUGGUGGACCAGCUUUGCACUGAGUUUGAGCGUGAGGUGAGCCAAAUGACACAGGACAUCGUGCGGUACCGUGGUGAGCUGGCGCGCUGUGCAGACCUGUUGGCCUACCAGCUGGGGAAGGAGAAGCAGUAUCACAACAUGCUCGAAAACAUUGCGGGGAAUUCCUCCACCCUCGUGGGGAAGGCUGCGGAGGUGGGGCAGAAGCACUCAGCCAAUGAGAAUGUGAAGAUGCAGAUGCAUCAGAUGCUGGAGCAGAUGUUUGAAGGCGGCAAAGGUGUCUACGCUGAAGGCUUCGGCACCCUCGACGAGCAUCGUCAGAUAGCUGAGACACACCUGCAGACCUCUGCUGAGCUGCAGAAUCAAUCGAUCGCCAUCCAGAAGGAGUUGGACAACAUCUUGCAAGCGCUGCAAAUUCCUCCGGCGCCUGGUUGGGAGCAGGGGUGUCCUACAGCCAAGCGCCGAUGAUCGUGGGCCCUGCGCAGAUGGUGACCUCGCAGCCGAGAGCGCCACAGGCGCUCUAUGGCCGAGGCACGUUACCAGGGCCCCCGAGCGUGCUGCCGGCGCCCGGUGUGCCCAAACUGCUGGGGCCGCACGCUGGGAUGAUCCAAAGCGGCAGUCCCAUGGUACCGGGCAUGGUGAGCCCUCCCGGUCCAGCGGUACGAUCCUUGUCCGGAUCUCCGGUGUUCAGUCCUGGGUUCAGCACUCCAGUGACGCCCAACAAGUCAGCUCGGAACCAUAUCGCGUAGUUCGAAGACUCACUGAGAAGGACUCCGCCCGUCGCGACCGCGGAGACAGGAUGUGAGGGUCAGACGGGGUGCUGUCUCGGCUUGCCCGCCCUUCCUUGAACAUCAAUGUAGAGUUAGGAUGGUCUCUUCAGAGACAGGUCAAUGCAUGCAAAGUCACUCGGGCCAAUGCUGCUCGUGGCUUUGAACAAUGUCGGCCGUGGUUGGUUCGCCCAGCGAGGUGAAGGAUGGCUAGCGGCU